GAACAAUGUCAAGUUCAAAUAACGUCAAAAAACGUAAGCCAGAGCAGAAUGACCUUGGUGCAGACAGUGGGAAGCAGGGCAAAAUCAAGAAAAGAGUGCGCAUUGGGGAUGCAGAUAUAGUAGGAACUGCGUCUGGUGAAUAUGCAGAGGUCGAUGAUUCUGAGGAUCUGGAGACAGCCAAGACACGGCGCGGCGCGGUGAAGCUCGACGGCUAUGGAAGCGAGUCGGAGUCAGAGGAUGACGAUGAGGGCUUGGCUGGAGCAAACGGUGGUGACGAUGAUAUGUUUGGCGACUCUUUUCCCACUGGUGAAGAUGCGAAGAAAAAGAAGGGGGAAGUAACGUACAUGCGAAGUGAUGAAAUCGAGGGUCAAGAAUGGGUUGCAGAUAGGGAUGACUAUAAUGAAAGUGGGAUCAAAAUCACCCCAUUUAACAUGGAAGAAGAGAUGGAGGAAGGAGGCUUUGAUGAAGCCGGGCACUACAUCCAGAAAAAGGACGAGCACCGGAUGCAUGAUCGCUGGUUACAGGGAGUGACCAAGGAGGAGAUUGAGAAGGCGAAAGCUGCUCAUGAUCGGCAACAAGACCGAAUGAAAGCGCAGAAGGAUGCAGAAGAUAACGAAAUGGCAUCAGAUAAUCCUGAUCACAUAUGGCUUAAAGUUCUCUCUUUGAUACAACCUGGCGAGUCUAUCCCUCGUGCUCUGCGACGUUUGGCAGGAAAUAAGCCAAAGGUGCCUCGAAAUAAAUGGAAAAAGAAUAAAAAAUCAACAGAUGAGGCCACGACUCCAGUAGAGGAGGAUCCUCAAGCUGAAGAACGGAAGAAGGACCUUGAUCAUUUGACCACUUACGCGAACCAGUUAUUGACUGUCGGGGCAUUAGACGCUUAUGAUUUGACAUACGAGCAAGUAGUGAGAAAAUUGCGAAGCGCAGACUUGUUAGCCGAUGAUUGGCAGCCUGGCGAUCCUUUGUAAGAUAAUAUCUCUGGCAAGGCCGUGUAAAUAAGAAAUAUUUUAUUUGUAUCGAGA